AUGCAUCAACAAGGCCACUCCAUCACCGACGGCAAGCCCCUGGUGCCCCCCAUCGACAUAUGGAACGCCGACGCCGAGCACGACGCCAACGCUGAGCUCUUGCGCAACUUUGAGAUCAAGCGCAACGUCUUUGCGACGCUCGCGCGCUCCCCAGGCCUCUUUGUCCCCGUCAUGGAGCUCCUCAAGGCUCUGCUCAGCGGCGACACGCGCAAGAUCCAGAUCCUCGACUACCAGCUCAUCGUGCUGCGCAUGGCCAGCACCGUCGGCGCCGAGUACGUCUUUGGCAUCAACGAGCCCGUCUCGCGCUUCAACGGCAUGGGCGACGACCGCAUCGAGGCCCUGCGCAAGGGCCUGCCUGCCGCUGAGCUCUUCGCCAUGGGCAUCUGGUCCGAGCGCCAGCAGUGCCUCAUCACCCUCCUCGACGAGUCGCUCGCCACGUGGACCAACACCCCCGAGACCAUAGCCUGGGCUCGCCGCCUCAUGUCCGACGACGAGAUUGUCGAGGUCUUCAUCGUGCUCGGCUUCUUCUCCAUGGUCGCCCGCAUGACCAUUGGCCUGCGCGUGCAGGAGGACCCCCCUAUCCCCGACCUCGAGAAGCACAUUGCCAUGCGCAUCACCAAGAACAAAAAUGCAGAGUGA